AUGCGCUUUACAAACUAAAAAAAAAAAAAAAACUACAAGACCCGUGUUCUUUGUUCCCGUGACGUAGCUGAUACCCAUGACACGCGCUUCCUUUCGCUCAGCCGAGCCAGCAUCAUCAUCAUCAUCACCACCACCAUCAUCAUCAUCAGCAGUAGCGGCAGCAGCAGCAGCCUCCAGAUCGGAAGCGGAGGGGACAGCUCCCAGAUGGCUGCCACUCAGGAUGUCAAGGGGAAAGGAGAAGGAGGAGACCAAAAUUUCGACUACAUGUUCAAGCUGCUCAUCAUCGGCAACAGCAGCGUAGGGAAGACGUCCUUCCUGUUCCGCUAUGCUGAUGACGCCUUCACGUCGGCCUUCGUCAGCACUGUGGGCAUCGACUUCAAAGUUAAGACCGUAUACAAGAAUGACAAGAGGAUCAAACUGCAGAUCUGGGACACUGCAGGCCAGGAGCGCUACAGGACCAUCACUACAGCUUACUACCGUGGUGCCAUGGGCUUCAUCCUCAUGUAUGACAUCACCAACGAAGAGUCCUUUGGUGCUGUGCAGGACUGGUCGACCCAGAUAAAAACCUACUCUUGGGAUAAUGCGCAGGUAGUGCUGGCUGGGAAUAAGUGCGAUAUGGAGGAAGAGAGAGUGGUCUCAGUGGAUAGUGGCCGCCUGCUGGCUGAACAAUUGGGUUUUGAGUUCUUUGAGACGAGCGCAAAAGACAACAUCAACGUCAAGCAGACCUUCGAACGUCUCGUCGACCUAAUUUGUGACAAGAUGUCUGAGAGCUUGGACACUGAUCCGGCUGUCACCACGGGAGCCCCCACCGCCAAACUGACAGACAGCGCUCCGCCCCUCCAGCAGCCUGGAUGCAACUGUUAGUGGCCGGCAGUGGAAAGCUGUCAGGGCAGGAGAGUGCAGGAGGUCCUCGCUCUGCCAGAACCGCCCUCACCGGACUGCAGUUCAAAGCCUGUUUAGUAGUAAAAAUGGCAAAGGCUGCUGCUUUAUCUCCCAAACGUUAUCACCUUAUAUAACAAGCAAGUACAGUCAUUACUAAUGUAAAAACAUGUAACGCCACAGGUUAUCUAGACUAUAGGGAAUCAGCAUCCUUCAGCUAGUUAGUUUGAUAAUAAACCAAUCCUGUCUGGCAGGACUUGAAAUAGUUCAACACUUAAACUUACACAAGUUGUCCUUCAGACCUUUAAUAUCUUUAUGAAUACCUAUACAAGAAAUAGAAUCAGUGAGUGCUUUAAUAUGUCUAUGAAGUUUUCUGUAUGGUGUAAAUCGUCCUUUUUUUCUGGGUAAUUUUGACUCCUAGAGCGGCCAAAUCUAGGAUUUAGCGCACUAGGCGAUGUAGCGGCUUUCCUUUUGUGUAACGACUGUAAUAAUAAGCCUCUGGCUGUGACUGUGCAGUAAGUGAGCGUGGAUUUGCAUGAGUGUGUCAUGUCAUGUUGCCAUCGAUUAAUCAACUACCUUUUGGGGAAAAAAAGUGGCCUUUCAGCAUCUCCAACUCGGCCUCUGUAAGUCCCUCUGUAAGUCCUGCUUCCCGUUGGAAUGAAUUGAGUCUGUGUAACUGAUGGGAGUACAGUUUCACCCUUUGCUGUAUGUAGACGUGUGAAUUCUUCAAUAAGUAUCUGAAAAGCAACUCAAUCAUCAUCCUCAGCCUUUAAAUGUUUGAUGCAAAGAGCAUGCUGCCAAAAGGUCAAACAUGUGUGCUGUUUUAUCUAAAUAUAGGCCUUACCCAAAGCUCCUCAUCCUCAGCUCCAUUACAUCGAGGCACAGUAAAGCAUUCUGAUAAAAGCAGACGAUGCAUCCUGGCAUGGAAUAAACAGCCAUAAUUUCUUAUUCAGCAUGACUUGUGCUGUAAAAUUGAACCCCUUCUUUAAAAAGAGGAAAACAAGAUGUAUGUUGCUUAAAAAAACAAAGCUUCGUAAAUAAACACCACCUUCGUCUUUAAUAAAUCUGUGCCGUGUAAAAGUCGUAAGUAGUUCAAAAAUUCAACGUUUCGAGUUCAUCUCAUAAAUUCAUCAAAAAAGUGCCAAAAACAUUACGGUUCAACUAACCUCUUAACUGUCACGCUCAAAAUACUUACAUAUAAGUUAGUGAGUCCGUGAGGAGGCUGGUGUCCUCAUGACAGUUAAGGGGUUUUAACAUUGUUGGUUGCUUGUUGCAUAGGGAAACAAAACUACAAAAAUGUAAAAAAAAAAAAAAAUGCAUGAAGUCAGUCCUGACGUAUCGGUGUAGAAUUAUACUCUGAGACACUGUAAAUAUCACUUUGUCUUACACAUUUAGGAGCAUUGUCAUGGCACUCGCUGUGAAAUGCAAUGGGCCAACAAGUGCAAUAUUUUAUGGAUGAAACCCUGUAAAUAGUUUCCUUCUGUCAUCUUGUCCAACAGCUCCAUCUGCAGUUUUUGCGAGAGAAAGUAGGAAGGUGUAGUUUUGAACAUGUUGUGCGCUUUCUGAAAGGGGUGGGAGCUUCACUGACAACCUGCAGUCGCUGAACGUUUGGUGUAAUGUGGACAUAAAAGACUGCAGACCCUGUUUAAAACGUCUGAUUUUUGAUCUGAGAAGAUGAGAUCAAGAUAAAUCCUUUCAGAGCGUUCCACUAGUUUCAGCUUAAAACAAACACGCCCAAAGCAUUGUGCUGCCACCACCAUGCCCUACUGUGGGUAUCUUACUUUGGUGGUACCCACAGUGCAUUGAUAUUUUGUGCCAAACAGAAAGUUCAACCAAAUGAUCAUAACACAUUUUCCAACAUAUUUUUGGGGAAAUUUUUUUUUUGUGUGCUAAAUUUAUAUUGACUGGGAUAAAUAAAUAAAAAAAGCUUUAUUUCCUGCCACCCUAUCCCAUGUCUCUGUGUUGCUGCAUGCAUAGCAGACAGUUCUUUAGCAUAUUCUUUACACUUUGUACUUUAUACUUUUUUUUAUCUUUUAUUACUUUGGUGGUACAUCCAGUUUUUGAUCACAUUUAAUGUUUUGCAAAUUCUUUGUGCCCUUCUUGUAACUGAUGCUGUUUGACAAUGAGAUGUUUGCCAUUUGUGGUUUUCUGUGGAAAAGUCUAAAAGAAUGGCUGAACUUUAUUUGAUGUGGAUCAGAGGGAUGGUGGCAGGCGUGUAAUGACUCCAAUUUAACGUGGGCCGGAAUGUGGCUGCUAAUUCCGAGCACGGCCGCGUCCAGUGUUUUACAAAAGUGAGCAGACUGGUGCAGCCAUGUUAUGGGAGUCAGACUGUUUUUAAUAUGGUUUUAAAGGUUAGAGGUCACAUUACCGGUGUAAACAUUCUGAAACUAUCUAUCUUGACUUCAUUCUUUUACAUCACAAAAACCUCCCACUUUAACAGGGGUGUAGACCUUUUAUAUUUACUUUUAGUGUGUGGAUGCUUGCGUGCGCGUGUGUGUAUGUAAAUAUCUGUCUGCCAUAUUGAAGAGACGAAUUAGAGUUCUACAGUGUAUUGUUUGUGUAUAUCUUUUUGUACAAUUGUAUUUGCGUACUGUAUGCUGUUCCUGCUAACUGUUGGGUGUUGACUGAACUUUUGUUAUGUCAAAAUGCAGUGUUGUUGUGCAAAUAGUCAGGGAGAUAACCUAGUCCAUGCCAUAUGCUGUACUGUUAACACAAGAAAAGGGAUACACUUAAACUUGCACACAAAGUGUGUUUGUUAACAUAUGUGUACAUGUCUUAUAAUAUAACAUGUUGGAAUAAAUUAUAGUAGAUCCCCAGAAAAGAUUCAUUUCAUAGAGAAAAACAGCCAAUCGGAUAAAUAAAAUCUCAUUUUAGAAACCUUUACAUAUAACUGAAUAUAUUUCUUGGAGUGCAAGCAAAAAUGAAAUUGUAUGUUUUUGAGAUUAUAGGAAAUAAAUUCAGAUUCUAUGA